GUUACAUCUACCACGUGAUUAUCAUGUGAUUAAAAUGGCGGCAAUUAGAAGUUUGUGUCGUUUGUUGUCUCCUUCUUCCUUGCCCACUGCUCUUUCGAAAAGAGCAACUCUACUUGCUCGAUGUCUCUCUCUUCACGAGUACAUCAGUCAGACUCUCAUGUCCGAGCAUGGCGUUCAUGUACCUGUUGGAUAUCUAGCAGAGAGUCCUUCAGCUGCUAGAGAAGCAGCAGUCAAACUAGGUGGAGGUGAUGUGUUAGUAAAGGCUCAGGUAUUAGCUGGUGGUCGUGGUAUGGGUCACUUUGAGUCUGGACUCCAGGGAGGAAUACAAAUAGCUCAUUCACCUGAAGAAGCAGAAUCAUUUGCUGAAAAGAUGAUUGGAUCACGUCUUAUUACCAAACAAACUGGCUCCAUUGGUAGACCAUGCUCUAAGGUGAUGGUAUGUGAGAAACAGUCGAUAAAGAAAGAAUUUUAUUUUGCACUUAUCAUGGACAGAGCUCACAAUGGUCCACUGAUGGUUGCUAGUUCUGAAGGUGGAAUGAACAUUGAAGAUGUAGCCAGGGAUAAUCCAGACAGCAUAAUUAAAGAUCCCGUUGAUAUCACAAUAGGAAUGUCUAAGGAGCAAGCACAGGAAAUGGCUAGAAGGAUUGGGUUCUCUGCCUCAUCAGUUAAUAGAGCAGCAGAACAGAUGAUGAAUCUGUAUACUUUCUUAUUAAAGAAAGAUGCUACAAUGUUAGAAAUUAAUCCACUAAUUGAGACAGCAGAUGGCAGAGUGCUAUGCCUUGAUGCAAAGAUCAAUUACGACGACAAUUCCAAAUUCAGACAGAAGGAAGUGUUUGAGCACAAGGACUGGUCGCAAGAGGAUCCAAGAGAUGCAGCUGCUGGUCAGGCUGGCAUCAAUUACAUUGGAUUGGACGGAUCUAUUGGAUGCAUGGUUAAUGGUGCUGGUCUUGCUAUGGCCACAAUGGACAUUAUUAAGCAUUAUGGCGGCUCUCCUGCCAACUUCCUGGACAUAGGAGGAGGAGCAAGUUUUGACGAAGUUAAGAAAGGUUUCAACAUACUAGGAUCCGACGCUAAUGUGAAGGCAAUUUUUGUCAACAUUUUUGGCGGAAUAGUUCGAUGUGAUGUAGUAGCUGAUGGAAUAAUUGCAGCUGCAAAAGAAAUGAAGCUCAAUUUGCCAGUAGUGAUCAGAAUACAAGGCAACAUGCAAGCAGAAGCAAACGAAUUAAUAAAAAAUAGUGGCUUGGACAUGUUAGCAGUUCCAGACUUUGACACUGCGGCUAAAACUGUGGUUGGAAAAGCUAAUGAGUCACCUUAGGAUUAUUAGAUAAAUUAUAGUAUAGAUUAUAAUGCUAAUAAUUGAUUCUUCUCUCAUUAUAACCUCAUUCUAUUUAUGCUUAGACAGCUUUUAAAAUUUAAUUUAUUGUGUUAUAAUUACUGCAGAAAUGCACUUCACUAAUCUCUCUCCUGUCUGUUCCUUCAUAAUAGAUAAAACUGUUAAUAAUGAAUUAUUAUUAUUUAUUUUAUCAUUAUGAUUUUAUUUUAGCAAUGUAGAAUGCAUGAAAUAGAUGUAAGUGUUAUAAUUUAAGUUCAAUAGCCAGAUUUUCAA